UUCCCACGACCGCCUUCUGCUCCCCGCAGGCCGACCGCGGGCGCCUGCGCGCGCUGGAUGCCCGCCACAGCCGUGUCCUCCUCGGUGGGAGACGCAGCGUCGUGGUCUGGGACCCCGUCACGGAUGAGGAGCGGGAGCUUCCCCUUCUGGAGUGGCGGUUCGUAGACCAUGGCGCUGCGGUUCUAUGCUCCGCUGCUGCUGCUGGUGCCUGCGACCACCUUGAUUGCUCCCAUCGUCCCUUCCUUGUGGUUCUUGAGUUCUCUCGAUUUGAGGGUGGGGAGACCUUGGUCUACACCUACUUAUCCGAAGCUGCUGCCUGGGGCAAUCCAGUAUGUGCUCAGCAACAUGGUUACCAAGUUGAUUACACGAUGGGCAGUGCCCUUGUAAGGAAUGCUCUCUACUUUGGUUGUCUGUUCGGAGACAAAGCUCUCAAGUACAAUUUGGAAUUGCGUCAAAUGUCGUGGGUUCAGUUACCAUUUCAAUCUCAACUUCGCCGCUUUAUGCUUACAACCACAGAGGAUGGUAGGUUGGGGCUCGCCACGGUAGAUGACUCCAAACUCUACAUGUGGUCAAGGAAGGAUACUCAUGAAGUAGAUGCUAUAUGGGAAAGAAGAGUCAUGAUUGAACUUAACGCAGUGUUACCUGUUGGUGUCGUCUUAACCACAGCUAAAGUGAUUGGCUCUGCUGAAGGUCUUGGUAUCAUUUUCGUGAGGGUGGCCGAUGUUGUCUACACAGUUGAUCUAAAGACCUAUAAGGUGAAGAAAGUAUACGAGGGUACAACUGACCUCGUUUUUCCAUAUGCGAGCUUUUGCACUCCAGUUUCUGCAGCAUUGGAAGAUGAGGGACCAAGUGCGAGUCCCUCAAGUGCAAGAUAAACUUAAGGUGCGUGAGAUCUAUGGUUGGGCAGCAGCUUGUGCAUCAACAAGACCUAUGGUUGGGCAGCACUUUGUACAUCAAUGCGAUUGUUAGCUUUGCUGGUCUUCAAGGUUCUGGUUUGUAAGCAGUUGUUUCUCUUAAAUUUUUUAGCUUGAUCAUUGGCUUCAAGUUCUGUUGGACUUGUAUGCAAGCUGUGAAUCCCCUACAUUGUCCUACUUGAUCUGUGGCUACAUGUGCUCCAGUGUAUUCCUGCUUGUGAUAAAAUCGUAUGAUGCAUGCCUGCAUGUCGUUCCUACAUAAAUUCAUUGUGGUUCAACAUCA